AUGACAGUUGCAGACCGAGCUCCCCUCGAUGUCGCCAUUAUCGGUGGCGGCAUCAUUGGUAUCAUGACGGCGCUAGGUCUCUUGCACCGCGGAUUUCGAGUGACCGUCUACGAACGUGCAGCAUCAUGGCCAGAGAUUGGGGCUGCAUUUGCCUUCACUGGCGUUGCACGACAGUGCAUGGAGCGCCUCGACCCGCGCGUGCUCGAGUCCUUGGCUCGAGUUGCCCAGAGAAGCCCUCAUGAGAAGGUUCGUUACUGGGACGGGUUCCAUCCGAGAACCAAAGAAGCUGCCCAGGAAGAAAGCGCCGUGCUCUUCGAAAUUUUGGAGAAGCACAUGGCAUACUGGGCCUGUAUUCGGGGCCAUUUCCUGCUCGACAUGGCUGCGCAGCUCCCAGACGGUGUGGUGCAGUUUGGCAAACGGCUCGUGGACUAUAACGACGAUGAAGCGAACGAAAAAGUAGUUUUGUGUUUCGCCGACGGAAGCACCGCCGAGUCGGACGUGGUGAUCGCAUGCGAUGGAAUCCACUCGGCCACCCGUAAGGUGCUCCUGGGCGUAGACCAUCCGGCUGCCAACGCAAGCUACUCCCGAAAGUCCAUGUACCGUGCUAUGGUGCCCAUGGCCGACGCAGUCAGUGCACUGGGGACUGAAAAGGCUCAUGUUCAAAUCGCACAUCUCGGGCCGGAUGCUCAUGUUGUCUCUUUCCCGGUCAACAACGGGCAGGUGUACAACGUAUUCCUCUUUCUUCAUGACCCGAACGAGUGGGAUCACGGCCAUACCAUGACCGUCCCCAGCUCCCGCAGCGAAGUCAUGGAUGCGAUCCAGGGUUGGGGACCCCAUAUCAAGGAGAUAGUCAGUUGCUUCCCCGAAACCGUCAGCAAGUACGCCAUCUUCGACCAGGCGGACAAUCCUCUCCCGUACUACGCCUCCGGUCGCGUAUGUCUUGCCGGCGAUGCGGCCCACGCCAGCAGCCCAUUCCAUGGCGCCGGUGCUUGCAUGGGCGUUGAGGAUGCGCUAGUCCUUGCGGAGCUUCUGGGGCUCGUUGACGCCGGUCCUGUGGCUGCAAGACAGCGCAACAUCAAGGCAGCCCUGCAGACAUACAGCUCUGUGCGGAUCGAACGCAGUCAGUGGCUGGUCCAGAGUUCGCGUGACAUGGGAGAUCUCUACGAGUGGCGCUACCCGCCUACAGGUGAGGAUGGCGCCAAGUGCAAGGCCGAGUUCGAGAGGCGUUCAAAGGUCAUUUGGGAUUUUGACGUGGAUGGUAUGGUGGCUGGCGCGAAGAAGAAGUAUGAGCAUUCUAUGGAAGCUUAA